UCAUCUCUAAUCAAUGCAACUACAGUGCAACAUUGAGCUUUCCCUUUCUUCCCAACUUAUUCACCAUUUCCUCUUCCAAAACCUCAAUGGCAAAAAAGUCCAUCAACUAUUUACCUGAAGGGUUGAUCUCCGAAAUACUCCUUCGACUUCCUGUGAAAUCACUGCUCCAAUGCAAGUCCGUCUGCAAACCAUGGCUUUCACUCAUCUCCACCCCUCAUUUCGUCAAAUCUCAACUCCAUCGCGCCAUCACGGCCUCAAUGAACACACCCACAAUGCUCUGUAUCCACAGACCCACGCUCACCGAGGAGGAAUUGGCAAGAAAACUGGCCUUCGAGGCCGAGACGGAGAGGCGUUUCGGCACAUUGUUUUCCAAUUCCACUAUUAGUCCACAACAGCAACGUCGGCGUGAACUUGUUGAUGAGGCGCUUCUUGAUGCCGCAGCCCAAGACUUGUCCAGCUGUCCGGUACAAUUUGAUCAUCUUGUUAUGCCACGUCUUUUCUCUACACAUUAUAGUAUUAAAAGUGUUUGUGAUGGCAUCCUCUGUUUAGCUAAUUUGUUCGGUAAUUAUGUCUAUCUUUGGAAUCCGUCAAUCGGGAAGUUUAAGAAACUCCCUGCUCCCGAGCCCCACACUUGUGAUACUGUGCCGGUUAAAGUAGGGUUUGGUUAUGAUCCUAUCUCCGAUGACUACAAGGUCUUUAGGAUUGUGUCUGAGAAAAUGUUUGAUGUCGAACCAUUAGUUCAGGUUUAUUCGUCGAAUGCUGAUUCCUGGACUAAUGAAUUUAAGGCUCCUAUUAUGAAGGGUGUUAAGCACUUUGGCUCAGCUAAUGUUGUUGUAGACGGGGUACUGUAUUUUAAAUAUCGUAGGGAGCACUUAGUCUCAUUUGAUUUGCACAAUGAGAUUUUUGGACUAGUUCCUAUCCCUAGCUCUACACAGAUGGAGUCAGAUGUUUUGGAUUUCCAAGGUUCCGUCGCUAUGGUCUUUCAGUCUGGAAUUGAAAUAAAUCUAUGGACGUUAGAUAAUGUUUCUGGAGAGGUGUCUUGGACCAAAAAAUUUAGCAUUGAGGCUCAUCCCGAGACUGAAAUACGGUUAAAUGACUAUUUGGGUGCAGCACAGUUCUUUGGACAUAAGGUAUUUCACAGUAGCUUCAUGUUUUAUGUGUUGUAUGACUAUGAGAAGAAAGAAACCAAAAUUUAUAAAGAUGAAGCAAAUGUGGGUGCUUUUCUCAAAUACACAGAAACGCUUGUUUCACUAGAUGGCUUUGAGCAAGUGCAGUAAAAGGGCAACUGGCGGGCAUCUGAAUAGUCUCCACCAGAAACAAUCUAGAGAAUACGGUAUGUUGACCAUUAUCAUGGCAAGUGAAGUGUGAUUACGGAAGCAGUUACCGCAAUAUAAUGUUGGUUUUGUGCUUGAUAUCUACGAGGGAGAACCUGAUGUCCUCCUGAGAUGCAUCUACUAGCUAUUAGUACUGCCUAUAUGGCUAUCUGUAGUACUGAAUGGUUACUAAAUCUCUUAUAUAUGGCUAUCUAUGUUUUAAGUACUGAAUGCAAGCUUCUAAAUCUUAAUCUUUGCUA